AUGAUUCCACCUGCUUUUACACCACAACCACCGACUCUACUACAGCCACAUCACCAACCUCCACAGAUACCUAUCCCAGUUCCACCAUCAAAUGCACAUGCACAUGCACAUGCACAUGCACAGCUGCACCCACAGCUGCACCCACACCAACCACAGUCACAAUCUCAACAUCAAGCAUACCCAUUAUCUUCUAUUCAACUGCAGCCAGAUACAGAAGCCUCCAGCUCAUCAGGAGAUCAUAUAAAAAGUGAAACACCAGCUAAUACAACAAAGACGCUAUCUAAUCCUACACUUUCUCCGUCAUCAACACCACAACAGAGUCAAGACAUAAAUCUGUCGACAAACACGCUGAAAGAGAAUACAAAACACACCUCUGAAGAUGAAGUAAUACCGCAACAGAACGAACCAGAAAGUAAGAAACAAGUGGUUGCUGCCCCCACUCUUAAUGGACACAAAGAAACAAAAAAGACAGAAACUGUGGAAGCUCAAUUUCCCUUGUACAUAAACGAAACUAAGCAAAACUUUUCCAAUACAUUUCCUAUAACGGAGGAGAAUAGAGAACUAAAUGAUAUUGAUAGGUUGAACAACUUGAAUAACAAUGUAUCAAGAGAAAACAAGGUCAUUAUUUGUCCUAUCUACACAAAGGUUUUUGACCUCAAUAACUCAGAAACUUACAUCACUAAUGGUAAGGAUAUCAAAGAGGAGGAGAUGAACAAAGGCGGAUUACAGGCCCAGUCAACAGUACAACCAGCCCAACCACCAAGUACCAACUGGGCUUCAAUAUUGCAAUCAAGCGCACCACAAGUGCCAGCAAGAAAGAUAACCAAGCCAAAAGCCACAACAAUAAAGGCAGGGGCUGCUGCUGUUAUCCCCGCCAUCAAAUCCAAACCACCCACACCUGAUUUUGAUUUUAGCUCAGAAUCUACACACCCAUUGGGAAUAUUGUUACUUAAAGUUAUGUUUGAUAGCAAUUACUCCUUAUCUAAUGAUUUCCCAGUGUUUGAUAUAAAACCAAAAGGAUUAACAAACACAGGCAAUAUUUGCUUUAUGAAUUCAAUUUUACAAUCAUUGCUAUACUGCAAACCAUUCAACAAACUACUUAAACUAAUCGAGACUAAAUCAAUUGGAGAUUUAGUGAUAUCAUCACAACCAUUAAUUGAUACCACCAUCAAACUUUUCAACGAAUUUAAACCUAGUGAUAACAAAUUACCAGUUUCAAUUGAACCAUUUUAUUCUGCGUUAUCGAAACACAAGAAUUUUCAACAUUUGAAAUGGGGACAACAAGAAGAUGCCGAAGAGUUUUUAGGGUAUUAUCUCGACGCAUUAAAUGAAGAAAUGAUUGGUGCUUUGAAAAAAUUAAAUACUCCUCAAGUGGAUCAAUUGAUUCAAUCAUAUACACAAGACGAUGUUGCUAAAUUUAAAUAUAAUGUGAAAACCUGCAUCAAGAGGAUAAAGAAGGAUGAACAAGAGGAUGAAGAGAGUGAAUGGAAUGAAGUUGGAAGUAAGAAAAAUAUUACCAAAAUCGAGGUUGACCCAACACCGUUAAAUAUGAUUUUCGGUGGAGAGUUCAAAUCAGUCAUCACCAUCCCCAAAGUAUCAUCAACAUUCCAAAAAUCAAUCACAUUGGACCCAUUCCAACAUGUCCAACUCGACAUUUCAAAUUCAAAUUCAAUAGAGGAGGCCUUUAUACAUUUGAAUGAACUAGAAACUAUAUCAUACAAGGGAAACAAUAAUAAAGAAGUUGAGGUAAAAAAGCAAACAUUUAUUGAAAAAUUACCUCAAGUUUUGAUUAUUCAUUUGAAGAGAUUUAGCUACUCCAAAGAUCAAGAAAAUGCUAUAGAAAAAUUGGCUAAAAAUAUAUCGUAUGAUCAUACAUUGACAAUACCGAACGAAAUACUAUCACAACCACAAGGGGUUACCUCUAAUCAAUAUCAAUUGAUUUCUGUGGUUUAUCAUCAUGGUUCAAGUGCUGACGCUGGUCAUUAUACCAGUGAUACGUUUGAUUUUGAGAAUAAUCAAUGGUGGGAAAUUGAUGAUACGAUUGUCAAACCAAUUAAAGAUGAUGAGGUGUUGAGUUCAGGUAUUAACAAUGCAUAUAUAUUAUUGUAUAGUAAGAUUUAA